UGCCGCCGCGAGUAGGAAGCGCGAGCGCCGGGCACCGGGCUGUCAGUGAGCCUGGGGCCAGCGGGCGAGCCAGCGGCUCCGGCUCCCGCUCCCGCUCCGCGCAGCACCGGCCCGACUCUCCCCGGCCCCCGCCGCGCCCCCUCGCCGCGACCUCGGCCACCGGCCCGCGCCCCGCGCCCGGGGUCGCCCCGAGCCCGCACCUCUCCCCCGCCGCCCCCGCCCACCCGGCCCUCCGCGGCCGUAGCUCCCCGGCGGAGGCAAGAGGUGGUUGGGGGGGACCAUGGCUGACGUUUUCCCGGGCAACGACUCCACGGCGUCUCAGGACGUGGCCAACCGCUUCGCCCGCAAAGGGGCGCUGAGGCAGAAGAACGUGCACGAGGUGAAGGACCACAAAUUCAUCGCGCGCUUCUUCAAGCAGCCCACCUUCUGCAGCCACUGCACCGACUUCAUCUGGGGGUUUGGGAAACAAGGCUUCCAGUGCCAAGUUUGCUGUUUUGUGGUCCACAAGAGGUGCCAUGAAUUUGUUACUUUUUCUUGUCCGGGUGCGGAUAAGGGACCCGACACUGAUGACCCCAGGAGCAAGCACAAGUUCAAAAUCCACACUUACGGAAGCCCCACCUUCUGCGAUCACUGUGGGUCACUGCUCUAUGGACUUAUCCAUCAAGGGAUGAAAUGUGACACCUGCGAUAUGAACGUUCACAAGCAAUGCGUCAUCAAUGUCCCCAGCCUCUGCGGAAUGGAUCACACUGAGAAGAGGGGGCGGAUUUACCUAAAGGCUGAGGUUGCUGAUGAAAAGCUCCAUGUCACAGUACGAGAUGCAAAAAAUCUAAUCCCUAUGGAUCCAAACGGGCUUUCAGAUCCUUAUGUGAAGCUGAAACUUAUUCCUGAUCCCAAGAAUGAAAGCAAGCAAAAAACCAAAACCAUCCGCUCCACACUAAAUCCACAGUGGAAUGAGUCCUUUACAUUCAAAUUGAAACCUUCAGACAAAGACCGACGACUGUCUGUAGAAAUCUGGGACUGGGAUCGAACAACAAGGAAUGACUUCAUGGGAUCCCUUUCCUUUGGAGUUUCGGAGCUGAUGAAGAUGCCGGCCAGUGGAUGGUACAAGUUGCUUAACCAAGAAGAAGGUGAGUACUACAAUGUACCCAUUCCGGAAGGGGACGAAGAAGGAAACAUGGAACUCAGGCAGAAAUUCGAGAAAGCCAAACUUGGCCCUGCUGGCAACAAAGUCAUCAGUCCCUCUGAAGACAGGAAACAACCUUCCAACAACCUUGACCGAGUGAAACUCACGGACUUCAAUUUCCUCAUGGUGUUGGGAAAGGGGAGUUUUGGAAAGGUGAUGCUUGCCGACAGGAAGGGCACAGAAGAACUGUAUGCAAUCAAAAUCCUGAAGAAGGAUGUGGUGAUUCAGGAUGAUGACGUGGAGUGCACCAUGGUAGAAAAGCGAGUCUUGGCCCUGCUUGACAAACCCCCGUUCUUGACGCAGCUGCACUCCUGCUUCCAGACAGUGGAUCGGCUGUACUUCGUCAUGGAAUAUGUCAACGGUGGGGACCUCAUGUACCACAUUCAGCAAGUAGGAAAAUUUAAGGAACCACAAGCAGUAUUCUAUGCAGCAGAGAUUUCCAUCGGAUUGUUCUUUCUUCAUAAAAGAGGAAUCAUUUACAGGGAUCUGAAGUUAGAUAACGUCAUGUUGGAUUCAGAAGGACAUAUCAAAAUUGCUGACUUUGGGAUGUGCAAGGAACACAUGAUGGUUGGAGUCACGACCAGGACCUUCUGUGGGACUCCAGAUUAUAUCGCCCCAGAGAUAAUCGCUUAUCAGCCGUAUGGAAAAUCUGUGGACUGGUGGGCCUAUGGCGUCCUGUUGUAUGAAAUGCUUGCCGGGCAGCCUCCAUUUGAUGGUGAAGAUGAAGACGAGCUAUUUCAGUCUAUCAUGGAGCACAACGUUUCCUAUCCAAAAUCCUUGUCCAAGGAGGCUGUUUCUAUCUGCAAAGGACUGAUGACCAAACACCCAGCCAAGCGGCUGGGCUGUGGGCCUGAGGGGGAGAGGGACGUGAGAGAACAUGCCUUCUUCCGGAGGAUCGACUGGGAAAAACUGGAGAACAGGGAGAUCCAGCCACCAUUCAAGCCCAAAGUGACUUUGUGUACCAAAAUGCACUGGCUUCAGUGGGCCUCCAGGUCUUCGUGCGGCAAAGGAGCAGAGAACUUUGACAAGUUCUUCACACGAGGACAGCCCGUCUUAACACCGCCUGAUCAGCUGGUUAUUGCUAACAUAGACCAGUCUGAUUUUGAAGGGUUCUCGUAUGUCAACCCCCAGUUUGUGCACCCCAUCUUACAGAGUGCAGUAUGAAACUCACCAGCGAGAACAAACACCUCCCCAGCCCCCAGCCCUCCCCACAGUGGGAAGUGAUCCUUAACCCUAAAAUUUUAAGGCCACGGCCUUGUGUCUGAUUCCAUAUGGAGGCCUGAAAAUUGUAGGGUUAUUAGUCCAAAUGUGAUCAACUGUUCAGGGUCUCUCUCUUACAACCAAGAACAUUAUCUUAGUGGAAGACGGUACGUCAUGCACAGUGUCCAGUUUAAUUCUGUAGAAGUUACGUCUGGCUCUAGGUUAACCCUUCCUAGAAAGCAAACAGACUGUUGCCCCAUUUUGGGUACAAUUUGAUAUACUUUCCAUACCCUCCAUCUGUGGAUUUUUCGGCAUUGGAAUCCCCCAACCAGAGAUGUUAAAGUGAGCCUGCCCCAGGAAACAUCUCCACCCAAGACGUCUUUGGAAUCCAAGAACAGGAAGCCAAGAGAGUGAGCAGGGAGGGAUUGGGGGUGGGGGAGGCCUCAAAAUACCGACUGCGUCCAUUCUCUGCCUCCAUGGAAACAGCCCCUAGAAUCUGAAAGGCCGGGAUAAACCUAAUCACUGUUCCCAAAUAUUGACAAAUCCUAACCCAACCAUGGUCCAGCAGUUACCAGUUUAAACAAAAAAACCUCACAUGAGUGUUGGGUGAAUCUGUCAUCUGGUACCCUCCUUGGUUGAUAACUGUCUUGAUACUUUCAUUCUUUGUAAGAGGCCAAAUUGUCUAAGGACGUUGCUGAACAAGCGUGUGAAAUCAUUUCAGAUCAAGGAUAAGCCAGUGUGUACAUAUGUUCAUUUUAAUCUCUGGGAGAUUAUUUUUCCAUCCAGGGUGCCAUCAGUAAUCAUGCCACUACUCACCAGUGUUGUUCGCCAACACCCACCCCCACACACACCAACAUUUUGCUGCCUACCUUGUUAUCCUUCUCAAGAAGCUGAAGUGUACGCCCUCUCCCCUUUUGUACUUAUUUAUUUAAUAGGCUGCAGUGUCGUUUAUGAAAGUACGAUGUACAGUAACUUAAUGGAAGUGUUGACUCUAGCAUCAGCCCCUACUGAUUGAUUUUCCUCCCUUCUCUAGCCCUGGAUGUCCACUUAGGGAUAAAAAGAAUAUGGUUUUGGUUCCCAUUUCUAGUUCAUGUUGAAUGACAGGCCUGGAGCUGUAGAAUCAGGAAACCCGGAUGCCUAACAGCUCAAAGAUGUUUUGUUAAUAGAAGGAUUUUAAUAUGUUUUGCAAAUGCAUCAUGCAAUGAAUUUUGCAUGUUUAUAAUAAACCUUAAUAACAAGUGAAUCUAUAUUAUUGAUAUAAUCGUAUCAAGUAUAAAGAGAGUAUUAUAAUAAUUUUAUAAGACACAAUUGUGCGCUAUUUGUGCAGGUUCUUGUUUCUAAUCCUCUUUUCUAAUUAAGUUUUAGCUGAAUCCCUUGCUUCUGUGCUUUCCCUCCCUGCACAUGGGCACUGUAUCAGAUAGAUUACUUUUUAAAUGUAGAUAAAAUUUCAAAAAUGAAUGGCUAGUUUACAUGAUAGAUUAGGCUCUUACUACAUAUGUGUGUGUAUAUAUAUGUAUUUGAUUCUACCUGCAAACAAAUUUUUAUUGGUGAGGACUAUUUUUGAGCUGACACUCCCUCUUAGUUUCUUAAUGCCACCUUUCGUCCUGGUUCCUCCGCCACUCUUCCUCUUGGGGACAACAGGAAGUGUCUGAUUCCGGUCUGCCUAGUACGUUGGUGCACACGUGGCAUUGCCGCAGCACCUGGGCUGACCUUUGUGUGUUUACGUGUAUGUGUGUUUCCUUCUUCCCUUCAGCCUGUGACUGUUGCUGACUCCAGGGGUGGGAGGGAUGGGGAGACCCCUCUUGCUGUGUGUACUGGACACGCAGGAAGCAUGCUGUCUUGCUGCCUCUGCAACGACCUGUCGUUUGCUCCAGCACGCACAAACUUCGUGAGACCAACACAGCCGUGCCCUGCAGGCACCAGCACGUGCUUUUCAGAGGCUGCGGACUUUCUUCCAGCCAUUGUGGCAUUGGCCUUUCCAGCCUUGGGAGGAGCACGCUGCUUUGGUGAGACACCCCCAUGCAAGGUCCUCAGAGUAGCCGGGUUCUACCACAAACAGAAACAGAAUGAAAGUAGCUGUCAGUCCUUGUAGAGAGCCGCUCUGUUUCCUCCCAGAAGCAUCUCCCAGCUAAGCUCGCAUUAUUUUUCUCCUCUGGCUGUUUGCCUGAAGUUCACAGAACACACAACCAUGAAAGGCUUUUUGAGGUGAGAGGCCCAGGUGGUCCUGGCAACCCUGAGUAGAAGGAGAGAUGGGGUAAGGAACGGGCCCGGCCAGAAAAGAACCAUUUCUUCUGCCAUCUUUUAUGCACCAUAGACAUCGAGACUCCAGGGGGUCCUGGCUCCCCUGUCCCUGCAGCCCUGCAGGUCAGUGCGUGAUCUGGGUUCAUGUCCUGACCAGGUGCUCCUCCUUUGAUCCGAGGGGAAAGGGACUGGUUUAUAGAAAGAGCCUAGGAGACAAAAGGGCCAGUCCCCCUGCCCAGAAUGGAGCAGCAGCAGGACAGACCCCCACGAGGCCCCCCAGAGAGGAGGAAGAUCCCACGGAGGAACACAUGAGGUUAGGGACCCUUGUUCAGCACCCCAAACAGCCUGCCUGUUUAAAGCAAGCAGCAGGCUUAGGCCUUCCCUGCAACCCCAACACCCACAAGUUUGUUUCUCUAGGAAACACAUUCACUGUCUCAGCUGGCUGUUACUCUCUCAGACCAUAUGGCAAAGUUUUCCAAGAAAAUGCCCCGACAGGGGUGCCCAGCACACUGCCUGAGGGACAACAGACAUCAGAACAAACCCCCAGAGAGAAACAGUCAAAAUCAGGGCCUGGUGCAGUUUGUCAUGUGGAACCUGCUUUAUCCAUUGCUGAGUGUUGAAUGUGGGUAAUGGUUAGGGCUUUCCAGAUCUCAGCAGCCAAAGACAGUUAUUGCUGGAAGACUGUCAUGUAGAUAACCAUGAGCAAUGGCUCGCCUCAGAAUCAGUUCAUAAAAUUCUGUGGUACUGGCCCCUUCGUGGGUAUUGUGUGAAAUGAGAUGGUGGCGAGGGGUGUGCUGUGGAACUGCCGCAGCCACGCAGGAGGUCCCUGGGGGACGCUUUGGGAAGUCCUUGCCCCCCCUGAGCACUGCCUGCUUGCCAGGGCCUGUGGAGGUCUAGGCCACCUGGUAGAAUCUAGCACCGUCCGAAUCCCCGCAGGACCCAUGGAGCUAUGACCACACCAGGCCAUUCAAAUGGCUCUGCAUUAUCUUCCCUUGGAAGGUGGCCACUCCUCGGUGGCAGGGCCUUUCCCUGAGGCUGCAGGCCGUGGGCUGGCAGCCCGUCUCUUGGCAUUUCAAUUGAAGGUCACCAGGUGCUGGGUUUGAAAGGAAGUCACUGGAGUGCUGCCAGGGGCCGCCCUCCAAGGUUAAUGAGAGGCCCACAUCCAGGCAAGAACUAAUUCAAAAGGCAGAUCAGAAACCACAGGAGUCAAAAUUAUUGCUCCGGCAGUGCUUCCCUUCCUUUCAUCCACUGGCCUCGUGUGGUCCAUGCAGGGCCACUGUCUGCCCUUUCUGAUGCCACGUAUUAGGCUUUCUUACUCAGAAUUUUGAUAGAAAACCAUGGGGCCAAGAGCUCUGGAAGCCUGGCCGGAAAGACCAAGGUUCAUGCAGCCCAACAAAUGAUUGUUGAGCACCUCUCGGAGCCAAAGUCCUUAGGCGAGUGUGGUGACUUCCUGGAAGGAGGAUGCAGACUUCCAGAGAGCCCCCCCAACGGACGUGCUGAGAAGGGAGAGGGAGGCGGGGGCUGUAGUCAGGAAGGAGCCAGAGAAGAACAGGGUUUGGGUGCAUCCAGAAAUAUGCCUGCAGUAGGAGGGAGAGGAAGGGGUGCCACCGUCAACGGCUUCCCAUCGGAGGUGGUUGGUGCAGAUGGAAGUUUCCGUCUGCUGGCCCUCAAGAGAGUGUUUUGCCAGGGACACAGUCUGUUCCUCCUCAGAAAACACCCCCCAAAUGCUAACAACAUCCCCACCAGCUGCUAGAAGCCCCUUUCCCCUCCCCACCUUGAAGUAGCUCAUAGUUCUCUGGGCAGAGCCAGACCAUCCAGUGUACCCCAGAGGCCAGUAGGUUCCUGCCCAUUUUCCUCUCUGGCUUCCUGCCAAGAAUUAUGGCAGCUGAGGAUGAAUGGAGAAGUAAAAACAACUAACACCGCACAACUAACAACUAACACCGCAGUUCCCACCUGGUUCCACUUAGCAGGAGACAUUUCGGAGGGUUUUUUUUUGUUUUUGUUCCUGUUUUUUUUUUUUUUUUUUUUUUUUUUUUGCUGGAAUUUGUUUUCUCAGUACUGAAAAGAGAAAAAGUGACAGUCUUGUAUUUUUAAAAGCCUCGGAAAGGUGAUACCAUCUGACAGUCAUUUUCUCACGUUGGUCUUCUAAAGUCACCUAUUUCUUGUGUGUGCACAUCACACCAUUUCCUGUUUCUUUAUAACCCGACAAGGGUAGGAGUGCCUGUUUCCCCUGCUGGGCACACCAGACAAUCGUAAUCACAAAACAGACACUGAGCCAGGGGCCCAAAGGGUGUGAUCAUGAGAGUUACCGGGACAGCAGUAGGCAUGACAGUCACCAGGAAGGACAAGGGUGCUCUGUUGUUAGUGGCCACACACCAAUUUGACAAGGAGUGUUGCGAAAUUUUUAUUUGUUUAUUUAUUUAUUUUGAGAUGGAGUUUCACUCUUGUUGCCCAGGCUGGAGUGCGGUGGUACAAUCUCGGCUCACUGCAACCUCCACCUCCCAGGUUCAAGCGAUUCUCCUGCCUCGGCCUCCCAAGUACCUGGGGCUACAGGUGCGUGCCACCACACCCAGCUAAUUUUUGUGUUUUUAGUAGAGAUGGGGUUUCACCAUGUUGGCCAGGAUGGUUUUGAACCCCUGACCUCAUGAUCUGCCUGCCUCGGCCUCCCAAAGUGCUGGAAUUACAGGCAUGAGCCACCAUGCCCAGCCAAAAUAUUUUUUUAAAGUCAUUUUCCUUAAGCUGCUUUGGCUACAUGUGAAAUACACUGGACAGUCAACAUUCCUGUCUCCUCCCAUUUGGGCUGAUGCAGCAGAUCCAGGGAAUGUUACCUGUUUCUGCUGCUAGAAGAUCCAGGAAAUUGGGAAGGUUACCUGAUGCACACAUGGAUGAAGGCCAUCAUCUAGAAAUGGGGUCAACCACAAUUGUGUUAAUUCCGUAGUGUCAGGGAUUCUUCGGGAAGGUCAACAGUAUGAAGGAUUCUGACCCCUGUGCCUCCCAUCUAUGUGAUCAGGUGACAGUUAAUAACCGUGGAGGUCACACUCAGCCAUCCAACAGCCUUACAGUGACCCUACACAAAAGCCCCCAAAUUCCAAAGACUUUUUCUUAACCUAAAGGAAGAAAUUAUUUGUUAAUUCCAGUAGAGCAACUGAAUAUACUGGGCUAUUUGUACUUUUUUAUAGAGAACUUUAAUAAUAAUUCUUUAAAAAUGAGUUUUUAGAACAAAGCAACUGACAAUUUCCUAAGAUUCCAAUGCCCUGGAGCUUGUAGGAGGACUUAGCCUGGGUCAGCUGGAGCACCCCCGACCUGAUCUCCCACUGCCUGAUUUCCCAUGCUCCUAGGGUAUGGUGUCCACGUGGGAAUGACUGCAAGUUCAGUUGGAGCUUGGCAGACUGAUGCUCUGCGAGUUUUUAAUAGACACUGGGGACAACUGCUUAAGGUUUAGAAACUUCCAAACCACAGGAAAGACAUUUUUAGUGUCCCCCAUCCAGAGGCAGCCCUGGAAUAGGAUUCCCAGGGGUUUCCGGGACCCCUUUCCUUGCUCCGUGAGGCCCUGUGGCCACCUUUUGGCAGGAGGAGGAUGCUUCCUUGGCUCUGUGCCCAGACCCGCCUGGUCCCCAGGUCUCUCACCUUCGGUGAAGAUUCAGAGGUGCCCUGUAAGGAUUUUGCCCACUGGGCAACUCAGAAAUACUUCGAUCUCCCAAGAUAUAAGAGGCAGCAGCAAACGUGCCUAUUGACGUCUGUUUCAUAGUUAUCACUUAUGCGAGUAGACAGAACUCGGCUUUUCAGAAAAUAGGUGUCAAGUCCCCUUUAUAAGAACCUUUUUUUCUAAAAUAAGAUAAAAGGUGGCUUUGCAUUUUCUGAUUAAACGACUGUGUCUUUGUCACCUCUGCUUAACUUUAGGAGUAUCCAUUCCUGUGAUUGUAGACUUUUGUUGAUAUUCUUCCUGGAAGAAUAUCAUUCUUUUCUUGAAGGGUUGGUUUACUAGAAUAUUCAAAAUCAAUCAUGAAGGCAGUUACUAUUUUGAGUCUAAAGGUUUUCUAAAAAUUAACCUCACAUCCCUUCUGUUAGGGUCUUUCAGAAUAUCUUUUAUAAACAGAAGCAUUUGAAGUCAUUGCUUUUGCUACAUGAUUUGUGUGUGUGAAGGACAUACCACGUUUAAAUCAUUAAUUGAAAAACAUCAUAUAAGCCCCAACUUUGUUUGGAGGAAGAGACGGAGGUUGAGGUUUUUCCUUCUGUAUAAGCACCUACUGACAAAAUGUAGAGGCCAUUCAACCGUCAAACACCAUUUGGUUAUAUAGCAGAGGAGAUGGGUGUGUAAAUUACUGCAUUGCUUUUUUUUUCAGUUUGUAUAACCUCUAAUCUCCGUUUGCAUGAUACGCUUUGUUAGAAACAUUAAUUGUAGUUUGGAAGCAAGUGUGUAUGAAUAAAGAUAAUGAUCAUUC